AUGUCUCCAAAAUCAGAAAGGAUCGUUAGGCAUCAUAAGCUAAAUGCGGAGUUGUACCAGGCUUUGCUGAGUGAAGAUUCCGAAAAGGUGAAAGAAUUGUGUUCAAAAGUUGGGGAGCAAGGAUUGCACAUAUUGACAAUACAUGACGACACUGUGCUCCACGCAGCCACUUAUUCCAAACAAACCCAAUUGGUACUCCAUCUUCUAGAUGAACUGCCUCCCCAACAUCUUGACAAAAUGACCCGACAAAACCAUCAAGGAAACACCAUUCUCCACGAAGCGGUCGUAUCCAAUGUACAGAUUGACGUGGUAAAGAAGGUGUUAGAGAAGGCCCCAGGACUGUUAUGCAUGCGUAACCACCUUGGAGAGACCGCGCUCUUUCGGUCGGUCCGCUAUGGCAAGGAGAAGAUAUUCCAAUUCCUUGCAGGAAAAAUUUCCGAUUACAAUGAAGCUAAUCAAAAACUCUUCCUCCAGAGGAGUGAUAAGUCUACCAUUCUACACGUUGCCGUCCUUAAUGACCGCUUCGAUUUGGCCUUGCACAUUGCGGAUAAGUACAAGCACUUGGUUGGUGAACGAGACGCAGAUGGGAUGACUGCUCUUCAACUUCUCUCAUGCAACCCAGGAGCUUUUCUACGAGAGAAACAAGUGUACUUUUUCCAGCAAAUCAUCAAUUUUGCCAGCUCAUAUUUUACUUCAACCAAACAACCAGAGCCUGCAUAUAUAUCAGCCUUGAAGCUGGCCAAGUUCCUAAUUGAAAGAGAUACCUCGUGGGAAGCAACUUAUCCUGGAAUAGACCAGAGCAAGCCUAGGCUACACAAAUAUGGUGGGAGUCCAACCGGAGAGAGGGGAGUUGGACAAGGUUCUCAAUUAAUGACUACACUUGGUACUCAUGAAGGGGAUCUACCAGAAACAAAUACUCCUUUGUUUUUGGCAACUAAGUCAGGCUGUGUAGACAUUGCUGAAGAAAUACUGAAGCAUUACCCCCAAGCAGUUGAGCAUAUUGAUGACAGAGGGCGGAACAUAUUGCAUAUAGCUAUAAAGUUUCGUCGGUUGAAUAUUUUUGACCUUGUAACGAAAGGAGAAGUGCCCGUGAAAAGACUGGUACGAAAAGUCGACAACGAAGGAAAUUCUAUACUUCAUGUCGUUGGAAUGAAAUUAAAAGAUUAUACGCCCGAGACAUUGCGAGGCCCUGCACUUGAGUUGCGAGAUGAAAUGCUAUGGUUUGAGCGUGUGAAGUUAAUCACCCCACCCCAUUUCCUUGAACAUCGUAACGAUAUGAAGCUGACAGCUGAGCAAUUUUUUUAUAAAGAAAAUAAUGAACUCCGAACAUCAGCAACAGAAUGGCUAAAGCGGACCUCAGAAGGAUGCACCGUUGUCGCAGUACUCAUUGCUACCGUUGCCUUUGCUGCAGCCUACACAGUACCUGGAGGUCCAAAUAGUCAGACAGGAGCUCCAGUCCUCGUCAACAAACCUUUCUUUGUGGUUUUUACUGUGACCGAUGUGUUGUCCCUUUCAUUUGCUUUGACAUCAGUGGUAAUAUUUCUCUCCAUCGUCUCAUCACCAUUCCGUUUACAAGACUUCAAGGAAUCUCUUCCAAAUAAGCUCAUGUUUGGGUUCACAUUUCUAUUCCUCUCCGUAUCCAUGAUGAUGUUUGCAUUUGGAUCAACGGUCCUCCUCAUGAUACAAAACAGGGAAAGCUGGACAAAAGUCAUCCUAUAUGCACUUUCUUUCCUACCAGUCGGAAUCUUCGCACUUUCAUAUUUCCCUCUCUAUAUAUCACUAUCGGAAACUUACAAGUACUUGCUGAAAAAGCUGAAGCGGGCAAUUCCUUGGAAACUUUUUGAGACCAAGACUAGUGCAUGGCCGAAGGGAGCUCAGCUAACUGAGGAAUCUGCCUGA